AUGAAGUUGCUUUUAAGUUAUCAUUGGUCGCCAACACUUUUUUUGCCUAUUGCGGCAGUUGGCUUUUCCUUUCAUGAAAAUGGGAUCUCAGAUGAAGUGAUGUUAGCCGAAGCAAAAUUAAAUCUCGACUGUGAUCGCGAAAAUUGGGAGAUUAUACGUAAUGAAGAAAAUUCAAAAGUGCUUCGACGAUGGCAUGCUGAUACCGGUGUAUAUGAGUUUCGUUGUUCAGGUUCAUAUAAUGAUAUAACUGCAAGUGAUUUUGUUGAUGCUCAAAUGGAUCUUGUUUUCCGAAAAAAAUGGGAUCCAAAUGUUGAAAAAUUGGAACUGGUUCGGAAAGAUGAAACUACAGACUCGGAGCUCAUUCAUUGGAUCACGAAAUUUCCUUACCCAUUGUAUCCGCGUGAGUAUGUGUUUGUGAGACGGAGAUAUAUAAACGAAAAAGAUCGGUGCAUUGUGAUAGCAAAUUGUGCAGUAACUGAUAGUGCCAAAAUUAUACCUACGACUGAAAAUAAGUAUGUACGGGUCGAAACAUACCGGUCUGUAAUGGUGGUUCGCGCUCAUGAAAGUUUUGAUUGCAAAGGAUUCGAUUAUAUUCUUUCUUAUCACGAUAAUCCUGAAAGCAGUAUCCCGAGAUACGCUUAUAAUUGGUUAAUAAAUUAUGGUGGACCAUAUUACCUUGAUCAAGUGCACGAUGCUGCUAAAGAAUUAGAAAAGCAACGAGGACAAAUGUUGGUCAACAUGAUGGCGGAAAAAACAGACGCUGGAAAUUCUGCAGAAAUUUCAGUGCAUAAGUCAUGUAGUAAUGAGGACAACGAAAAAAGUGACAUUAAGGGUAAACUAGAAAAGGCUGAGCCAGAAAUAAAUUCAUCUCAAAGUGUUCCAAAUGCUUCAGGAAAAUCUGAUAGUGAUAUUCAUAACAAGACUUUUUCUAAUACCUCACCUGCAAAUGGGAAUUCAGAAUUCUCCUCUUUUAAUGAAUGCCUUUUUCUUGACUAG